AUGAAUACCUCCGCCGUGGUGCUCGGCCUCGCCGAGUCGGAAACGGUCCUCGCCGGGGAAGGCAACACGGAAUGGCAGACGCUACACUGCAGCAAGGAUGCGCUGACGGAUUUAUUCGGCUGGUUCCUGCAGGGCAUAUUGGCCACUCUUGCCUUUACCUGUCUCAUCGCUAAACGCUUCUGCGAACCUCAGUACAACCGGCGUUCAUGGGAAACCUGGUGGUACGAUACUUCCAAGCAGGGUAUCGGCGCCUUGGUGAUCCACAUGGCCAACGUUUAUCUGGCUCCGCUUUUCCAAGGGGAUCCCUGUACCUGGUAUAUCAUCAACUUCUUGUUGGACUCCACCAUCGGUUUGUUCAUCAUUUACAUCGGCAUUAAAACCUGUCAGUAUUUGGCGCGGAAGAAAAAAUGGGACGCCAUCAACUUUGGUGAAUAUGGUGCACCAAAGUCGUGGUUCUAUCAAACGUGGAUAUACGUGUGCCUGAUGGUAGUCGUUAAGCUCAUAACGACCCUAAUCAUUCAGUUCGACGUUUGGGACAACGUGAAAAACUUUGUCCUGUCCCCCUUCAAGGACCCACGGAUAGAGUUAGCCGUGGUAAUGCUCGUUAUUCCCUUCUUUGUUAACAUUCUUAUCUUCUGGGUCACGGAUAACUUCCUGAUGAGACACACGCGUAAAAAACGCAACACAACAGCCAGCAGCUCGCAUCAUGCUCACGGUCGGGAGCAUAGCUUACUGCAAAAAGUAAAAUACAAAAUGAUUCACAAAACCAAACCAAAUGACUCAGAAUCUGAUACUCUUUUGUCAGGCGAUGAAGAAAUUUUAAGCUUCAGUGCGCCCAACGGUGGUGGUGUUGGUGGGGGUGGAAACAGGUCGGUCGGUGGGUCGGUCAUGGCUCGCCACUAUCACCACACCCAUCAAGCUCCUUACCAUCCACAUCACCGUCAUCACGCCCAUCUGCAGACAACGUCGAUCGCGGAUGGUUCGUCGAUGGUAUCGAUCGGCAUGGGAGGAUCUGGCAGCAGCAAUAGCAGCGGUGCCAGCGGUGGAGGGUCCUCCUCUUUACUCACCCCACUCGAUAUGGACACGGCAAUCAUUAUGACCUCCACACGGACAUCACCGAGCUCGUCGAGCCGGCAGAGCACAGUUCAACAGCGCACCAGUGUCAUUAACAUUUAAGAACGUACCCACAUUUGUGUUUCGUUCCGCUCACAUACAACGUUAGCAAAACUAAUGAGCCAAGUAGGGAUACGUAGAGGAUAUAUACACACACCAUCACUUGUUAUCUCAUUCCUUAUAAUCCUCUCGCUCGACCGGGCGAAAUUUCCUCCCCACAAGUUACA